GAUAUGCAGCAGGCCACCACGAGCCUUCCUCAGUGUUUACAAUCAUAGCUAGCCACAUAACUACGUCUCUUUCUUUUUUUAACAAGUUGAAUUUUUCUCUAAGGUUUUACUUGGACUGUUUGUACGCUGUGUUAAAUAAUUAAAAUAAUAAUAAUCAUUAAAAAAAAGCCAAAAGUAACUUUUUUUUCCUGGCUAGCAAACGCGUUGCGCUCGGUUGUUUAGAAAUGGUCAGCUGUAACAAGUUGGUUAGCUUGUUGUUUAGCUAAAUACAGCUAGCAGUGAGAACAAAAACACCAAACAGAAAAUGGUGUUUGCAGACAAGCAGGAGAACGUGUAGGGUUUUUUUUUUAGCUAGUUAAGUGUUAGCAACUUUUGUUUAGACGUCUCGCAGUCGUUUGUAUUAAUGCCUACAAAACGUGUGAAGAGCAACAGGUUUGUUUAUGGUUGUUAGUUCAUCAGUGUGCGGUGUGUCUGCAGAAUAAUGAUUAGGAGACUCGAUCAUCAGCCUGGUUUGGUUAUUGAAUGUUGGAAGCGACAUGCUGGAAUGUUCUCUCACUGCUGUGAGCUGAUUUCCAAGUAAUGACUGAACUCCUGCUGGACUUCAGCUGGUCAUGGAACAGAAACAGGAUAAAACUGAGCUGACGGAGCUCUUCAUGCGCUUGGAGAAGGAUGGCGUCCCACCUGAAGCCUCGGCAGAUGAGCGUCAGUGCCACCUGUGGCGUCUGCUCCAGAGCAGUGAAGGCAGCCUAGCCUCAGCCACACAGGAGCUCCAGGCCCUCCGCAAACAGCAGACCAGCGAGAUGAAAGAGGUGGAGAGUUAUGUGGAGCAUAUUCGAAACAUGCUAGAGGAGCGCGAGUGUCUGACAGCUGAAUACGAACGGGAUAAUGAACAGCUCCGUGCUGAGCUGGAGCAGAUAAAGCACCAGCAAGAGUGCCAAUAUAAAGAGGUGAUGGAGAUGCUGGAGCAGGAAGGCCUAGCUGAAAUCAGUAACAGCAGUUCCAGUGAGCAGGUGGCUUACCUGCUGGUAGAAAGAGUCACCUUGCUGGAGAGGUUGGAGGCUGCAGAGAGGAAACUCGAUACUCAGACCCUCACAGGAAACCUUAGAGAGGUCCACUUACAGGAGGAACUGGACCACAUCCGGCACACGCUGGAGGAGGAGCUCAGGCAGCAAAAGGAAAUGAUGCAUCUCACUAAAGAGAAUAUGAGCAAGGGAAAAGAAGCUACAGCUCAGAGCCCGUGGAGGAAGUUCUUUGGUGUGCACAAGGCAACAAAAAUGGCACAGAGCCUCUCUCUUGUCCACAGUGCAGAACUGGAGCAAGAGCGCACAGAAAAGAAGAAACUGGAGCGGGAUCUCGAAGAGGCAUCCUGCAGACUCGCUAUGGCUCAUCAGGAGAUUCGCCACCUAACUGAUGAGCUAGAUCUGGCUCGGAAAGCCCAGGAAGCUUGUGGCCCUGACCUGCAGACAACUGGAGAGGAAGUGGCAUGGCUAAAACAGGAAGUAGAACAGUUAAAGCAGUGUGAUAUGGUAGAGCUGCAGAAGGCAAAGGAACAUAAUGAGAGACUUGAUACAGAGAUUCGGGCACUGAGGGACAGAGUACGCUCCUUAGACUCUGAAAGGAAGACGCUUUUGAAAAUGAUUGAGAAUUUUAAGAUACAUCCCAAUUAUGGAGGCAAACCUACGAUGGAUAAUGAAUCUGUUCAGUCUAUACAGGUUGAUGGAAAUGCCAGUAACUCAGAAAUUUCAGGUACACCAUUAAAGGAUGACAAGGAUCAACUCCAUAAAAGAUGUCGAAGAGAGUCUGAGGAUAAGGACUGCCGUCUUCGGGAGCUGGAGAGGAGGCUGCAGAAGCAGCAGCAGGAGCAUGAGGAACUGGUAGAGAGGAACGAGGAGCUAGAGGCACUGCUGGGGGAGGCACAGAACAAAGCAAAAGAGGAGCGAGAGGGCUAUGAGUGUGAAGUGGACAGCUUGCAAAGAAAGAUUAAAGCUAUAGAGGCGGAGUUGAAUGCGAAGAGUGCCCUGGAGAAAAGACCGGUGGAGAAGUGUGAUCAGACUGUCUCAGAGCUACAAGGUGGUAUUCAAGAGAGGCUGACAUUUCUUGAGAGUCGGCUUGCUGAGGAGAAGGACUGGAGGAAACGAUUAGAAGUGGAUUUAGCAGUAGCCCAGUCUUCUCUGAAAAAAGAGAAACAGGCAUCACAGAGAGAGCAUGAGGACCUGAAGAAAUUGCGCAUAGAGGUGCAGAGCUUACAGGCUGAAUGUCAGCGAGGGAAAUCCGUCAACUUGAGCCUUACACAGAUAAAAGGAGAAAAGGGAAUUUUGGAAGAAAAGGUGAUCUCAGUGGCCCAGUUGGAGCGUGCUCGGUUGCGGCUGCAGGAAGACCUAGCACAGCACAUAGAGGGCAGCAGAGUGCAGGAGGACCUGAGAGAGAGCAGGGAGCAGGUGACGCAGCUUAAUGCUCUAGUUGAGCAGCUACGAUCAGAACUGUGUAAACUGGAGAAAGAACACAGCACACUGAGGAAUGAGAUGGUGGAGAAGCGUAGGCAGGUGAUGGAGCUGCAGGCUGAGCUGAGCAUCAGAGCCCAGGAGAGGCUGCAAGCUGAGGGCCAGGUGGAGCGGCUUGGUCUGGAACUGCAGCUCAAGAAAGAACAACUCCAUGCUGUCAGGCAAGACCGAGCAUGUGACCCUAAUCCCAAAUCUUCUCCAGGAAAGGAUGAUGAACUCGGCCAGGUGGCAUGUGUGAAGUCGGAGAUGAGUAAGCUGCACACCACCCUGGAGCAGGAGAGACUUUUGGCUAGUCAGCACCAGCUGGCCCUGCAGGCUCAGAUCAAUGAAGCCCAGACACGGGUCAAGGCUCAGGACUCUGUCCUGCAGCAGAAGGGUGAGGAGAACAAGCAGCUAAAGCAGGACCUGCAGAGAACCCAGCACCUCUUUACUUCAGCUGAACGAGAGCUGCGCUAUGAGAGGGAGAAAAAUCUUGACCUUAAGAGACAUAAUGCACUUUUGGACCAGGAGAAGAUCAAGCUGUGUGCAGAGCUGAAGCAGGCUCAGGCAAAACUGGCACAGCUGGAAGCCAGUGCAGCAGCACAGGUGGCAGAGCUGGAACAGCUGCAACAGAGAGCCAGGGAGCUGGACCUGGAACUGGCCAGGAACAGCCAGAACAGCCAGAGCAACAGUAGCCUCCGGGAGGAGCUCAGUGCUGAGAGAGCACGGGUUAUUGCUGCUGACAAAAAGGUGUUGGAGCUUCAGCAGCAAUUGAAAACCGCUCUACAUCAGUUGCGUCUGGAAGAGGCCAGAGCUGGAGAGACCAGCAAGUUGGAGAGAGACACCAGAGACAUGUCUGAUAACUUGUCUGCCCUCCGAGCUAAACUGCAAGAAGAAAAGCUCAAGAGGAAGUUAGUGGAGCAGAGGGAAGAAGAGCUGCAACAGCAGGUACGCUGUCUGCGUACAAAAGAGGCCACCCUCAGUCGCACUAACUCUGAGUUCUCCCACCGCUCCCAACAGCUGGAGACAAGACUAGAGGUGCUGGAGAGCGAGCUGAGUUCUGCCAAGGAGCAGAGCCUCAGUCAGAAGAGUUGCCAUAAACUGGAGGAGCAGCUCAUGUCCUCCCAGCAAGAGUCAGAAAGACUGCAGGAGGAGCUGCAGAAUAUCCUUCAGCAGCUUGAUGCCAAUGUCAGGCGAUACAAUGAAAAACAUUCUGUACAUAAAGCCAAGCUAUGCAGAGCAAAGCAAUUGUUCAUGAAGGCAACCACCCAGCGAGACAUGAAGAUCCAGAAGCUCGAGAAUGAUCUAGCACUUGCAAUGAGUCUGUCUGAGAAAGAAAAGGACUGGAUUAGAACUGUGACAGAGGAGAAUGAGCAGCUCUUGCUGGAGAGGCGAGAGUUGCUGAGGAGGAUGACCGAGGCUGAGGAGAUGGGCAACAAUGGAAUACGAACAGCUACGGACACACAGCAGAGAGUGAAGUUCUUGGAGUUGGAGAAUAAGCAGCUUCAGGAUAAAACCUUGAUGCUGGCCAACCAUAUAGGCAUUUUAGAACGUGCAUUGAGAAAUCUUCAGUCAGUGUGUAAUGCUGAGGAGGUAAAGAAAUUCUUUCCCUCUGGUACUCUUACGGAUGGCCUCUUGCAGACCACAAGUCCGAAGCUGGGACUCCGUGACUCGUGGGGACUGCUGGAUGCCAUCUGCAGGGUUAAAGUGGGUGAGCACGUUAAAACCCUGGAGUCGUCCUUCUCUUUGCCCACCUCUCAACCAUCGGAGAUCGGCUACCUGAACGUGAGCUCCUCCAUGGCUCCCAGUGUCGCCCAGCAUCAGGAGGAGAACCACAGCGUCUCCAGUGAAGAUGCCUGAGGAAACCACACCUUAUUACCAAGAUUGCCAACUAUGUCCAGAUUUAUAGCCAGUCUGUAGUAAUCGUCACUAGGUCAGAAGUUGCCUGAUCGAAGAUUAACAAGACUAAAUCAAAACAAUUAACAAGACAAGGCUCAUUACAAAUCAGUUCAGUGUUGGUUACCAUGCACUGAUGUGGUAAGAUUUCACUGUGGAACUGAAGAGCAAAUCUGAGUGUGAAUGCAGGAAGAGAGAGGCCUGCCUUUUCCCAUCAGUUUUGUAGGUGAUUUACUUUAUAUAAAAAAAAGCUUUCUUGCAUCUAAAUAGGAGGGCUGAUUCUGUACAAUGCUUUUGUAUGAAAUCAUGAUGAAUUGGUAGCCAGAUUAUACAAAAAAGUAGUGUGUUUUUUUUUUUUUUAAGUAAACAUUGUCACUGUAACUGAAGCAAUCAUAGUUUUAUCAAAGCCUUUGGUGUUUUUUUAAACGUACAUAAUGUAUAACAUUUUCACCCUUAAUUUUACUCAGGGUCAUUACCACUUAGCUGAGUUUAUUGCCCUUGUCACUUGUAUCCGAGGCGAAGUGGCCAAGUGGUUAGAGCGCUUGACCACUAAGCGAACGAUCCCCGGUUCGAGCCUCGCCUCGGACGGUGAUCUGGGGCUCGUCUCCUGUCCACCCAGCAGUGAAUGGGGACCUGGUGGAAACACUGGGGGAAGUCAAAAGGCGGUGAGGAAAGGAACUGGCCACCCUACCUCACCAUGCCGUGGCAUAGACAGAGUGUGCUCUCUAACAGGCACUCUCCCCAAUGUACGGAAAACGUAUAUGGGACUGACUACUUCUUCACUUGUAUCCUGGAGAAGUCCCCAGUCCAGUUCUUCAGGACCCCGUGUGUAUUCCAGCCAUAAAGCUGAGCCAUGUGGUCAAAACUGAACAGCCACUCACCUGUCCCUCCUGUUGUCAGUGCUGGGAAAAGUCAAAAGGAAACCGAUUGUAGCUCUCUAGAACCCAAAUAGGAAUUUUGGAGAUGCAAUAACUUCAGAUAACUGUGUAUUGACUACACAGGGUCGAGGACUUGGCAAGCUGGAUUAAUGUGUGAUGCGUAACAAAACGUUUGGUGUUUUGAAACAUUCAAAAGCAAUAUACUACUUUUGAUAUCAAGGCCAAAGCACGAGUUACAGCCUUAUAAAAGCUGGGGGGAAAGGUAAGACCUUUUUUUUUUUUUUUGCAAGGCAGCUAUGAUAUGCCUUAUGUUUUUAAAUUGGUAAUCCACAAGGGAGACAUGAUGAUACAAUAGAGAUUUAAAAGAAGAGGGGUUACUGGAGCUAAAGCACUUUUAACGUCAAGUGGUGUAUUUUGAAUGUUUACAGUCAGAAAAAUCCUAAC